AUGUCGAAUGACACAUAUUUCCGCCGCGCCAUCAACUGGAUGUACGGCGACACAGCGUACCUACAGAAGAUGCCACCGCCGGAGAUUGGCGAUAAACACAUCAACGAGCUUCUCGGCCGCCACCCUUUCCACCCGUUUGAUCCGGAAAUGAAGCCGGAACAUCCAUGCUACGAGCACAAUAUCAUGUUAUACAAUUGCAUGACUGCCGACCAUGUGGAGGGGUAUGAGCUUCACAUGAAGCACGUCAGCUGCUAUUUCCCGUACAAAACGGACUUGAUGAAGUGCCUCGCAAAAGAGCGACGAGAGGCCCGAAUUGGGAGGAAUAGCACGGGAGAAGAGCCAGCACCCGCACAGAAAGGAGACUAG